ACUGUCUCUGAGGUGUCUUUGUUGUGUCUUUCCUACAUUCAGUGGGCGUUCUCAGUGGGGAGGCAUCACACUUUAACAGCUUACACUUUAGUUGUCUAAGUCCUGUUAUUUCCGGAUAGAUGUCGAAUGGUGGAUGAACAUAUUUCAGUGGCUAUCUCCGGAGUCAAAACUCUGCUUACGCAACGAGGCAAAAUAGAACCGCUGGGGGGGUGUUCAAAAAGAGGCACAGAAAAAAAAAACAAUAAAAGAAACGAAAAACCAGCCAGCCAGCACACGAUGCGCUGACUGGAGGAAGACGCCCAAGCAAGCAAGGCGAACGGAGUUUGGAAAUGUCAAAUUCGUGGUAGGUAAUAGAGUUUGCUGAGCGCCUCGCACACAUCAGCCAAUCAUGUGGCUGGAGUCAUCUCAGCCUCUGUCGGAGUUGUUUGGAGCCAGAGACUCAGCGAGAUACCGCGCGUAAAAUCUACCUGCCAGACGCAGCGGAGGCAGUGCCAUGGCGAGGACAGCUCAGCGGGCAAAGUCCGUCCCCACACACACGGAAUGACUUGCUUUCACGCGGAUGCCAUAUGUUCCGCUGCGAUGGCGCCUUCCCCAAAAGUGAUAACCUGAAGUAAGAAGGUGGGUCAGUCCGUCUGUCUCAGUCGACUCCGUUGCGCCGAGGAAUGAUGCUGGAUAAACCUUCGGGACUAUUUUCUACUACAGUUACCGGAUCUUCUUCGGACUCCACCCUUUGAUCCACCAGACGUCGGCAGACCCCCUACCAUCAUGGAGAGCCUCAGCGAGCUCCAAAACCCCCUGCUUGACAAAAACAGCAGACACGCAGUCCCCAACGACUACCAGGGCUACCAGUGCGACUACCCGAGCCAGCCUUACCAGGACAGCCUCAUUGGCUACUACUACACCGGGACCAGUGGCAAGCACAAGACUCAGCAGUACUUGGACGCGACUUCUCUCCAUCUAGCAGUGGAGGCCUUCUACAGGCCCAAUUUCAUCCUGUGCAAGGACGACGUCAGCCUUCACAGCAAGGACUCGAAGAGCGAGAGCUUUGAGACCACUUUCACAGAGUGCAAGGACACGGUGUCGGACGGAGUGUCCGCGGAUAUCGCGGACAGCACGCAAGGGGAGAAGGACGUGAAGAUCCAGACGGUGUCGUACGAGGUGGAGGAGGAGCAAGGUCCUGAAUAUGAGAGUGACAGCUCCAGUGACAGCGAGAGUGAGGACAACUUCAUCGUGCUGCCCCCUCGGGACUACUUGGGCCUAGCCAUCUUCUCCAUGCUCUGCUGCUUCUGGCCCUUGGGCAUCGUUGCCUUUUACUAUUCUCACAAGACUGGCAAGGCCAUUGCUAAGGGAGACUUCUCCAGAGCAGGGAUGAGCUCCAGAAGAGCCCUAUUCCUGGCUGCACUUUCCAUUACCGUUGGAACGGGGAUGUAUGUGGGGGUGGUUGUGGCCCUCAUAGCAUACCUGUCCAAGCCCGGGCAUGUAUAGUACUGGGACCACUUGCUUGGGGGGAGAUGGAGUGGAGGAAGAGCAAGAUGGGACCACAGGAGAGUUUGGACAGAUCCCUUUUACCUCUCCUGAAAGCGCAUGCCUGUGCUGAUCCCUGGCUAGCUGCGGAAAGAGGAAGCUAUAUGAAGAUAAAAGACUAAACCCGAGAGAGAGAGAAAUAGAAUGAAAUAUGACUGGAUGGAGAAUUUCCUGGACCGCAUAUUGAUCAGGAGUGAAUCUUUAUUCCUUCUAGGAAGCAACACUCUCACCAAGGUAUUCUCACACAACAAGAAGAAGUCGGCGCUGAAAAAUAUGACUGUAAGACCGUACUGUACUUAUGUUAGAAAAAUCUGAGCUCAUAUCAGUAAGAAACUACCUACCUUUUAACACAUUAGUCAUUUCCAUUAUUUUUAUUUGACCUUUACAGUAGGUGUGUUAUCUGUCCAUACUAUCACAAAUUGUGUAUUAUCCACUUUGUAAAUGAAUAUCUUGGGGAGAAAAAAAUGUGGAUUUUUAUGUGAUGUUUAUUCAAAGAAUAUAUCUGUCGCAAGUGGGAAAUGGACUCCCAACAGAAAGACAGCAAAUAUGUCAAGAGUGUACACAAAGCUGCAGUUGAUAAGAGAGUGAUUGUGUAUUGUGUGCUGUAAAUUCAGUCAAUAAAUACAUUUGGCAUGAAUAAUCCAACA